UCUACAGCUCGUCAGAAGAGGUGUCUAUAAAUUGCAAGGGACUUCCAGUGUCUCAAUGCUUCACAUGGAACACAACACACCUUGAAAAUAACGCAGGAUGGAACUGGAUUAUCUCUGCUUUAAUUUUUGAAUUCAAAAAUUGGAUUACAAUACGUAAUUUAAUCAGUGAGUGUAAUGCUGCCCUGGAGCAGGACCUUGUGCUGGCAAACACUUUCCACAGAGAAGCUCAGAUAUUUGAACCAGUGUCCUACAGGGUCUUGACAGGACUGCACUGCAGUUGUUCUUUGUUAAGUUGAGAAGACAGAACCAUAACCACUACAAUCAAAGCUGUUCUGAUGCAAGCAUGGUUGGAAUCAAACCCACAGAACUGGCACCAACUGCCACCAUAAAGUUCUUUGGAGCUGGAACUGCAGGAUGUAUUGCGGACCUUAUCACAUUCCCACUAGACACUGCUAAAGUCAGGCUGCAGAUACAAGGAGAGGCGAAGGCAGUGGAUGGGGCCAAAGGAGUGAAGUAUCGCGGUGUGUUUGGCACCAUUGCCACCAUGGUGCGCACAGAGGGGCCCAGGAGUCUGUACAAUGGGCUGGUAGCAGGGCUGCAGAGACAGAUGAGCUUUGCCUCAGUUCGUAUCGGGCUCUACGACUCCAUGAAGCAGUUCUACACCCGAGGAUCAGAGAACGCCAGUAUUGUCAGUCGGCUGAUGGCGGGCUGCACAACAGGGGCAAUGGCUGUGGCAAUUGCUCAGCCGACAGAUGUGGUCAAAGUACGUUUCCAGGCCCAGGUGAGACCGGCAGAUGGGGUGAAGAGGUACAACGGCACCAUGGAUGCCUACAGGACUAUCGCCAGGGACGAAGGCAUCAGGGGACUCUGGAAAGGUUGUAUGCCUAAUAUAACACGCAAUGCCAUUGUGAACUGCGCAGAGCUGGUGACCUAUGACAUCAUCAAGGAGCUCAUUCUGAAAUAUGACCUCAUGACAGACAAUUUGCCCUGUCACUUCACUGCCGCUUUUGGUGCUGGUUGGUGCACCACCAUUGUGGCGUCUCCGGUUGAUGUGGUGAAGACUCGUUUCAUGAACUCUACUCCCGGCCAGUACAGCAAUGCCGUAAACUGUGCAGUCACCAUGCUGACCAAGGAGGGACCCACUGCUUUCUACAAAGGGUUUAUGCCAUCCUUCCUUAGACUGGGCUCCUGGAACAUUGUAAUGUUUGUCUCCUAUGAGCAAAUCAAGAGAGCUAUGACUAUAGCACAACAGUCCUGGGAAUCCCCCUUCUGAACUGUGAUUCCUUUACCGUAAUCAUAAUGCUGGACAUCUUGGGAACUGUACAGGAUCACUGGUGUGUAACUGCUUCCUGUUCCUGGGGCAUGAAGAUGCCAGACUUGCAAAUAAAACCACUGGACAGGAUAGUAGUUCAGAGCCCAUGAGAGGACCAGAGGCAUUGAUAUCCUCAAGACAGACACUCACAGUCCCUUUUUGUGUCAUCUUUAUCACCCAGGCAUGGGAGUCUCCUUCUAUCUGUAAAAGACUGUACAGUACAUGAAAAUAAAUGUUUACAAGUAAUUUUUUUAAUUA